GCCAUAUUAAUAAAAGUAUAGCGUCUACAACAGGAAGGAGCUAUCCCAUCUAAAGUAGGUGUUAUCUUCUGUGCAACACUAUUUAAGAAAGACACAGACACAUUAGAUGCCACUCAAAGGGGAUGACCAGGCUCAUGGAAUGUCUAGGAACCAUGACAUAUUAAGAAUGGAUACCUUUUUGUCUCUCCACAGAAGUGAAACGACGAAGGGAAUGCCAUCGUUUAGAAAGCGUUGCAGUAAGAUGCACACAUUGAGCCAACAAUAUGGCUCUAAGGCCUGGCACCUUCAGAAGUCAACCUGUGGCAAAUGUGGUUGCCCAUUCAAGCUUAAGAGAAAGUAUAACUGGAGGACCAAUGCUAAAAGAAGAGAUACCACUGGUACCGGUCACAUGAGACAUCUAAAAAUUGUAUACCACAGAUUCAGGCAGAGGUUCUCUGAUGGAACAACCCCUACACCCAAGAGGGCAACUGUUGCAGCAUCCAGUUUAUCUUAAGGAUUUCAGUGCUCGUAGUUGUUAUUAGGUGUUAUCAAGUCAGUUCUGACUCAUCUCAAACCUAUGUACAAUAGAACAAAACUUUGCCUUGUUAAGUGCUAUCCUCACAAUCAUUGCUAUGUUUGAGCCUGUUGUUGCAGCCACUGUGUCAAUCCAUCUUAUCUCUUUUUCGCUGACCCUCUACUUUACCAAGCACGACCACUCCAGGGACU